UCUUUUUUUUUUUUUUUCCUUUUUCCCCCUUCCUCCCUUUCACCAUUUCCCCUUGGAGGCGCUUCCGCCGGGCAGGGGCAGAGCCGGUCUCACUCUCCGCCUCUCCCCGGCCCCCGCCGCCCUAUGGAGAGAGGGAGCCCCCUCCCCACCCGGGCACAAGCGGCGGCGGUUGGAGGAGCGAGACCGGCGGUGGCGGCCUCAGGUCCAGGGUCGUCAUGGAACUAAUUCGCUGACCGACCCACCGGCCGCAGCCGUGCGUCCUGCUCGAGUGCCAGUGCCCGCGCCCCCCGGCCCGGUUCCCCCUCUUCUCCCUCCUCCAUCGGCCUCGGCCCGGCCCUCGUCCUGCGCGCCCUGCCGCCGCGCGCUGGGGAAAAUGAGGUGGUAGCGGGCCCGCGGAUGACCCCGCGUCACCACUGUGAGGUCUACAGCUCUGCCAGGGAGGAGGAAGAGGAGGAGAAGGUAGCUACAUCAAGUUGGGAGGCAGGCAGUUCCAAAGGAUAUCAUGAAGUUUCCAGGGCCUUUGGAAAACCAGAGAUUGUCUUUUCUUUUGGAAAAGGCAAUCUCUAGGGAAGCCCAGAUGUGGAAGGUAAAUGUGCCGAAAAUGCCUACAAACCAGAAUGUUUCUCCAUCCCAGAGAGAUGAAGUGAUUCAGUGGCUGGCCAAACUCAAGUAUCAAUUCAACCUUUACCCAGAAACAUUCGCUCUGGCUAGCAGUCUUUUGGACAGGUUUUUAGCUACUGUAAAGGCCCAUCCAAAAUACUUGAGUUGUAUUGCAAUCAGCUGUUUUUUCCUAGCUGCCAAGACUGUUGAGGAAGAUGAGAGAAUUCCAGUACUGAAGGUGUUGGCAAGAGACAGUUUCUGUGGAUGUUCUUCUUCUGAAAUUCUGAGGAUGGAAAGAAUUAUUCUGGAUAAAUUGAAUUGGGACCUUCACACAGCCACACCAUUGGAUUUUCUUCACAUUUUCCAUGCCAUUGCAGUGUCAACGAGGCCUCAGUUACUUUUCAGUUUGCCCAAACUGAGCCCAUCUCAACAUUUGGCAAUCCUAACCAAGCAACUACUCCACUGUAUAGCCUGCAACCAACUUCUGCAAUUCAAAGGGUCCAUGCUUGCUCUGGCCAUGGUUAGUUUGGAAAUGGAGAAACUCAUUCCUGAUUGGCUUCCCCUUACAAUUGAACUGCUUCAAAAAGCACAGAUGGAUAGCUCCCAGUUGAUCCACUGUCGGGAGCUUGUGGCACAUCAUCUUUCUACUCUGCAGUCUUCCCUGCCUCUGAAUUCCGUUUAUGUCUACCGUCCCCUCAAGCACACCCUGGUGACCUGUGACAAAGGAGUGUUCAGAUUACAUCCCUCCUCUGUCCCAGGCCCAGAUUUCUCCAAGGACAACAGCAAACCAGAAGUGCCAGUCAGAGGUACAGCAGCCUUCUAUCCUCAUCUCUCAGCUGCCAGUGGGUACAAGCAUACCUCUGCUAAACGCAAAGUAGAGGAAAUGGAAGUGGAUGACUUCUAUGAUGGAAUCAAACGGCUCUAUAAUGAAGAUAAUGCUUCAGAAAACGUGGGUUCUGUGUGUGGCACUGAUUUAUCAAGGCAGGAGGGACAUGCUUCCCCUUGUCCUCCUUUGCAGCCUGUGUCUGUCAUGUAGCUUCAGCUGUUACCUUUAAGUGCAAACUGAAGUCUACUACUCUGGGAACAGAAACAUGGAAAACCAGGGGAGGUAUAUACCUAAUCAGGCUGAUUUGAAGUGAGCCAGAAAAAAACAAAACCAUCUAUUAGUGUGGCUAAUUAUAGGUCAACAUUAUUUAAGCACUUAAAGACCAAAAAAAGUAAAAAACUCAAAAGAUCCAAUAAUUUUUUAAGUAAAAAAUUUGUCAGUUCUACCUUUAUUCUGCUAAAAUGUAAUGUAGGUUGCCCCAUGUCAAAAAUUCACAUUCAGUGUUGUUUUUUUCCCUAAGUUCCAAAUUUCAUAGCUAGCAAACUCUAUCCCCCAUGUCCUAAUUUUCCUCUUGCUUUUGCUUGCUUUUUUAUUGAAUACUUAAUGAAUUUUAUGCAUGUUGAUCUAUAGCUUGACUUCCACUGAUUAGGAAACCCUCAAAUUAUUUUUUAGCAAUUUAGUGAACAAAUUAUUUCAGUUUGACAGCCAUGUUUAAUCCAUGAUUCAAAUUCAAGUUAAUCAGAAAGGAUACUUCAAAAUUGCCCCAUAUGAAUCAGAGAUUAUAUUAUCACGUUGAUUUUUGUGUUCAUCUUGUUUCAAUUUCUAGGAUUUGGAAACAAAAUUAUUUUUAUUUUUGAUGAUCUUAAACUGAAACUUAAGAGUGACAUGUAAUUACAACACUCAGAUUUGUUGAAAGCAUUUUUGACAUUUGGAUAAGAAGUUUGUGAUAAAUAUGUUCAGGCACUUAUCAAAGAAACAUGUAACAACUAAAAUUUAGAUUUUUAUUUUGGUAACUGAUCAGUCCUUUUCACUCUAUAAAAUUGUAAGAGAGACUGUCUUGAUGUUGGGGCAGUUCUGUGAUUGGGUAACAUGUAAUAACUGAAUUCAAUACCCUACUUCUAUGUUAAGCUAUUAGGAUUUUCUCGAUAAAAGUUAUUCUCUCUGCCUCCCAAGCCUCCCUAUGUUUCUCUUAAUGACUUCUGGAAUCCGAGCUCCCUGUGCAGUCUGAAGAAGGUACUGCAGCCAGAACCAACCAUGUACUGAUGAUGAUAAAAGCCUCUGGUAGCAAUAAACGUUGUCCUUAA